CAGGCGGCGUGCGCCGUCCUUCUGGGGUCGCCGCACCCGGUGGCCGCCUCGUCCCGGCUCGGCGCCCGCGCGCACAUGGCUCCCCGCGGCCACGGCAGCGCCCAGGCCCGGGGGCAGGCCGGCCGAGCCGGGCCGCGGCACUCCGGCGGGCUCGGCGGCGGCGUGGCCGUGUUCGCCGCUGUGGCCGCCGUGUUCGCCCGCACGCUGCCGCCCUCGGUGCCGGGGGGAGACUCGGGGGAACUGAUCACAGCAGCGCAUGAGCUUGGAGUUGCCCACCCGCCCGGCUACCCACUGUUCACGCUGCUGGCGAAGCUGGCUAUCACGCUGUGCCCCUUUGGCUCUGUCGCCUACAGGGUCAACCUUCUCUGUGGUUUGUUUGGAGCCGCGGCUGCAUCGUUGCUUUUUUUCACCGUUUUCAGGCUUUCUGGCUCACGCGCUGGAGGAAUCCUUGCUGCGGGGGUGUUUUCAUUUUCUCGUCUAACAUGGCAGUGGUCCAUCGCAGCUGAGGUUUUUAGCUUCAACAAUCUGUUUGUGGGGCUGCUGAUGGCUCUCACUGUACACUUUGAGGAGGCAUCCACUGCAAAGGAGAGAUCAAAGAUAGCCAAAAUUGGUGCUUUCUGCUGUGGCCUCAGCUUGUGUAAUCAACACACAAUAGUGCUGUAUGUUGUAUGUAUAGCACCUUGGAUUCUCUUUCGACUUUUAAAAAAGAAGGAACUGUCCGUGGGCGUGGUGCUGAAGCUUGGCGCCUGCUUCUCUGCUGGUCUGCUGCCCUACGUCUACCUGCCAGUCUCAUCCUACCUCGGCCAAGCCCGGUGGACCUGGGGAGACCAGACGACGCUGCUGGGCUUUCUGACACAUUUUCUCAGGGAGGAAUAUGGGACAUUCAGCCUGGCCAAAUCUGAAGUAGGAUCCAGUAUGUCUGAAAUGUUACUUUCUCAAAUAACAAAUAUGAAGACUGAACUCUCAUUCAAUAUCCAAGCCCUUGCAGUUUGGGCAAAUAUAAGUCUUGUAAGAAAGGACAAACAGAAUCAAUCAUUAAUAUGGCUUUUUACUGGAAUGUUUUGCAUUUAUUCAUUGUUCUUUGCUUGGAGGGCAAAUUUAGAUAUUUCAAAACCGCUUUUCAUGGGUGUGGUGGAGCGGUUCUGGAUGCAGAGCAAUGCCGUGGUGGCUGUCCUCGCUGGCGUAGGGUUGGCUGCGCUUGCAUCGGAGAGUGGCCGCUUGCUCAGCGGCAGCGGGCCUCAGCGUCUGGAGUGGCUUUCCGCCACCCUUUUCGUGGCUUACCAAAUAUACUGCAAUUACAGCAUUUGUGACCAGAGGACCAACUAUGUGAUCGAUAAGUUUGCCAAGAACCUUCUGGCCUCCAUGCCUCGUGAUGCGAUCAUCUUACUGAGAGGGGACUUGCCAGGAAAUUCUCUUCGCUACAUGCAUUACUGCGAGGGGCUCAGGCCAGAUCUGAGCUUAGUGGAUCAGGAAAUGAUGACCUACGAGUGGUAUUUACCCAAGAUGGCCAAGCACUUGCCAGGUGUCCGCUUUCCUGGGAGCCGAUGGAGUCCUGUGGAAGGAGUAUUACCCAGCGGAAUGGUCACAUUUAAUCUUCAUCAUUUUCUUGAAAUAAAUAAACAAAAAGAAACAUUCGUUUGCAUAGGAAUUCAUGAAGGUGACCCCACAUGGAAGAAGAGCUAUUCCCUGUGGCCCUGGGGAUCCUGUGACAAAUUAGUUUCCUCCGAGUGGGUGUUCAACCCCGAGGAAUGGAUUAAGCUUACACAGAAUCUCUACAACUGGACGGAAGAAUACGGGUGGUUUUCUCCAUCCUCCUGGGAGUCUGUGGCCAACGAAGAGAUGUGGCAAGCCAGGAUGAAAACGCCCUUCUUCAUCUUCGACCUGGCAGAGACUGCUAAUGUCCCCGCAACCGUGAAGGCGCGACUCUACACCCACGCCUACAGCCUUUAUAGGGAGAUUGUGUCUUCACAAAAGAAGCACCCCGUGAACUGGCACAAGAACUAUGCCAUCGCCUGUGAGCGCAUGUUGCGGCUGGGGGCGCGGGACGCGGACCCUGAAGUCUUGUUGUCCGAAACCAUCAAACACUUCCACCUCUACGCCGGGAAAGCACGGGAGGACCCUCAGCGAGCCGACAUCUUAGCCGCAGUCAAGCAUCUGCGCAAAGAACUGCAGAAUCUGAGAGACAGGAAACCGGUCCGAGACAGCAACACGUGAAGAACCUGCUCGUCAGCCAACACCCAAAGCUCUGGAGUCCGGAAGUUUACCCUCCACACAAAGAAAGUGUGUUAAAAAACAAAACCAACCAACCAAACAAAAGAUCAGCAGCCAUGUUGCCUCCCAGAUGGAAGUCACUUGGUACGGGCCAUACUCUUUAAAAGGUAUUUCAUGGCUGAGAUGUACUAUUUAUGCAAAGCUUUUUAUCCCACAUUACCCAGUGAACAUAACAGUGAGAAGCUUCUGGAACAAUCUUGCCACUUCCACAAUCUUCACCAAGUGACUUGCUUGAUGAGAUUCUAUAGAAAAAAGAGCGCGUCCUCUUCGUGCACCUGCAAUAUCAUCUUAUGACUCCUUGAAGAGCCUUGUUCAUGGAUGGCAAUUUUAAAAGAGGACUUUUUUUUAAAAGAUAUCAAUGCAAGACCAAAGACAUUUUCUGAUUUCUGGAAGUGAAAUGGUGUUUGUUUAUUUUUUUUUUAAAGAGAAUGAAUGUUGUUAUGCUUCAAGUUACUUUUUAUUUUUAAAUAAUUGUGGUUGUCACAUAAUCUCACACCUGAAGCUAAAUACCAAGUGAGUGAUGUUUUGAAAAACAGGUUUGGGUUUUAUUAUCUUACCCCGUUCUCUGAACUCACUGAAAGGAAAAGCUCAUUUGCUCUUUGCCAAGUUUACUUGUAGAAACCGAUUGACAAGUAAAAAGGAUUUUCGUAUGUA